AUGGCAAUCAAACCAACACCAACGAUUCUUGGUUUGAAUCUCCCCUCAGUUAUGUCUACUAAGAAUGAUCAGUUAUGGCCACAAAAGAUUCAGAUGCGAAUACGUUGCUUUCUUGGAGAAGAAGGUGAGAGACAUCAUCAUGGAAUCGCUUUAUAUCGUGAAUCUUUUAUGGGUGGAGGGAGACAAUACGGCGCAUAUGGGGUCCCUACUCUUGAACGUCCCGACAUGUCUCUGAAAAGCCCUUCCAAGAGUACUGAAGAACCUAUUUUGGAUCAUGGUGGCGGCAGUAUGGAUGACUCAGGGGGCAGUGAUGGCGGCGUUAGCGAUGGCAGUGGUGGAGGCGGAGCAGGUGGUGAUGAUGAUAGUUACAGAUUUGACGAUGAGGAGAACAAUGAAGACGAAACCUCUGGAUUAUUUAGAGGUAGGCAUUUGGUUCCUGAGGUGUUUGAUAAAGAGACUCUUAAUGCUAUUUUACAAGAAUGGAUGAAGACUAUGAGAGACUUGCCUAUGGGAUUGCAACAAGCUUGCGAGUUGGGGGCGUUGAGUUCCGCCAAGUUAACUAGAUUUUUCUUCUUCAAUACGCGACCCACCCUCCUUAGGCAUCUCACUCGCCUUCUUCCACCGGACAUGGCCAUGGAUUUCGUUGCUAAGAUUAUGGCUGAUCCAUCAUUGCCAUACAAGCUCUGUCUCGAAGCUGUUUUCUCUCUUGGAUGCUCUAUCUGGCUUGAGGAGAAGGAUUUCAAACGAGAAUGUUGGCCUUUGGUGCUUACCAAUGCAGUCACCAAUGCCACUUGCAAUGCAUUAUUUGUAUGGUCUUUGGCUCCAAAACAUGUCCCUUUUGGGAGUAGACGACGGCAACGAGUAGCGAUCUCUUUCUUUCAUAAGGCGGUUGCUUUCUUUGCUCUUGGAUUCACUGCAAAGGCAUUCACUCAGGUAAUCACCCAUGAGAAUAUUUCAGUUUCUAACAUAAGCAAAGAAGCACUGGCUGUUGGGCUUUCCCUGGGGCUGGUUUCAAACCUUCGUUAUCAUCUCAUAAGUGGAAUCGAUAGAAGGGUGCAACGACACUUUGAUGUUCCAAUGGUUUCAUUGGCUUUUUGCUUAGCACUGAGGUUUGUGAACAUUGCCAUUGGAACUCAUUCCCACAAUUGGGUUAGGCCGUCUGAUCAGGUGGUGCGUAGUCAUCCUCCAGUUCACUCCCUGGUGUCGUCAGUUGAAGAUGGUAGUAGUGUGAACUGGUUUAACUUUAAGAAGGCAAUUUCCACCAUUACCCCAUUUGCCUCUAAGAGAAAACGGGUUCUCGGGAAACAAAAGGUGAGAUCUUUUUGA